CUUAUUAUAUUUUUGUAAUUUUAACUUACAUAGCCAAAAUGAAAUUAAAAUUAAAAAUCAUUCAAUAAUGUUUAGCUACAACGUUAAGUUCAUAACUAGUGAAGAAACAUUGUAUCUGAAAAGCGGUGACUUUAAAAGUUAUAAGUAUGAAACAAAGAAACGCUUAGAUGAAACUGUAUACGAUGCAGGAAAAAGGAACUAUUGCGAACGCCGUGGUGGUUAUUGGCGAAUACCUAAAUCUAGUCAACUGCGGCAAUUAGAAUCAACUUUAAGGGAUCGCCAUGUAGUACAAUGUAUAUGGGUGAAUGACUUACUGGCUACAUUGGUGUUUUCUUCGGGUGUAAUAGCUUACACCUCUAUCAAACCCAAAACAUUGGAUGUGACACAAAUACUUUUUGAUAGGUACUGUGUUGGCAAACUUUCAGGACAAACUGUUACAGGAGUUAUUUUCAGCAAGACUCAUCUACUAUUCACCCAUGCCGAGAGAACUGCAACCCUUUUCACAUUUGGAAAGAGCAUUGAGAAUAGCAGUCAUCCCUGUCGGUUAUCCGAUAGAGAUCCACAUGUACAGGUGCUUGAGCUUGGUGGUGCAAGGCGAGCUGAGAGAAGAGUUUCUUGGUGCUGCGAUGGCAGUGGGAUUAAGGUGCUAUUGUGGAGUGCGGCUAGUGCUGAGCCAGCUCCAUGGAGCCCUGUGCUGGAAGACCUAGCUAAUCUGCACCUGUACCAGAUACAUGGGCAGCAAGUAACUUUGAUUGCAUUCCACCAACUUGAAAAUGAAGUGCUAUGUGCGGAGUUAUCCCUAAAAAAUGACAAUGUUGUACAUAUUGUUGAACAAACUUCUUGUCACAAGAACGGUGUAACAUUGGAAUGGCAACAGUUUGACAUAUCCAACCCGGAGGAGAGAGUUGUGCACUUGAGUGCACUGCGAGUGUGUGCGAGGCGAGUGUCUCUGCCCGCUGUGGUGCGAGUCGCGCGCCGCUCUCACUGCGGGCACAGGCUACUUGCAACAUGUAUAGAUGGAUCUCUACAUAUUAUACAUCAAGCUACAGGAUUGACGCAUUCUGUACGCGCCGGUUUUAUACCGACGGAGGUGCGGUGGGCGGGCGAGCUGGUCCUCGCGGUGGAGGAAGCGGGGCGGCUGCAGUGUUUCGAUCGAGCUCUCUCACUCCUGCACCACCAUACUAAGUGCCUUGACUUAGUGUCACAUUUUAGAGAUACGAGACGUAUGCAAGUUCUAGCAACACGAGAUAUAAAAUGUGGUCCUAUAAUAUUAGCGCUUUUUGCGGGCGGACCUCUGACACUGCUGCAAAUCACGCAUCCAAGACUUUUGACGGCAUGGAUACGAGCAGAUCGCACAUCUAACGCCGUGUCUCUCUUACGUGCGAUGGACUGGGAGGAAGAAGGGAUAGAGUGUCUGCGAGCUCUCAGCGAACUGGUACAUGGAGCACUGCGCAACUCGCAACAAGACAAGAUCGUAAACAAUGAGAACGCAGCCCAGGCGGCGCUAGGUGCCUUCCUAGCACCCUCCGUACCCUUGGGAACUUCAGCCUUACGUUUCGCUCCGCCUGUACAUGAUCUAGCCAGAAAGUUCUUCCAUCAUUUACUUAGACGUGGUCGUAUUGAGAAGGCGCUGAGCCUGGCGGUGGACCUGUCAGCGUGGGAUCUGUUCGCGGACGCGCGCUGGGCGGCGACACGUGCCGGCGUACAGCAUCUCGCGCGUGAGGCUGCACGAGCUGCACAUCACUAUGCUCAACUGCACGCUGACGAUUCAGAAUGUUCGGAGUCUUGCUCGCAAUGCAGUUCGCGAACUUGCUCGGAAUCCGAAGAGGAACUGAAUGGCUACACACGCAACGGGAAGACCACACCUCCUCCGCUGCCGCGUCUCCCGCAGCCGCCGCAACCCUCGCAACCUACCAUACUGCCUGUACCUAUAACACAAAACGAGCCAACAUCCACACACAGCAUCAGACCUAACCUACAUCAGUAUCUAGAAAGAGAUAACACUAUAUGGAAUACGGAGUUACGAGACGACACCUGCAUUGAUAGAAAAAUGUACGAAGAACAUUUCAAACCGAUCAAAAACCUCCAAACGGUGAAAUGGCAAAGUGUAGACAACAUGUUAAUGAACUAUAGAAAACCUUUAAGCAAUUCAAACACCGAUGUACAAAGAUCUCAUUUAUUUGAUGUCAUACCUAGAGUACAAGAUGAUAAAGUGUCACAUUUCAAACAUGUUUACCAAACAGAUUUGAGAGAAGCAAUACCUACUACUUAUAGAUACCAGAGUAAUAUUAACAACAAUGCCAACGGAAGAUUGUAUAGACAUGACAGUACUUGGUCAGGCAAACCACUAGAGAAGAAUAAAGUAAAAUUUUCCGACACCGUUACUGUUGCAGUUGUAUCAGAGCCUCCAUCAUCACCCGACACCACAAACGAAUUAGCAGACAGCCUGCCUUUGUGCGCACCCCACAAAUACCUAGCUAAUUUCGCCCCCGCGACAACAGUACCGAAAGCCCCGACAAAACCUCCUACAGCUCAUAAGUUAACAAUCAGCAAAGUGCCCACAAUCGCCAAGGUCACCACAUCGCCAUCGCCAGCUCAAUCGCCAGCCGAUAAUCCUGUUCCACAACCGCCUAAAAUUAAAGUGGUACAUUUUGGAAUGGUUUAAUGCAAUUUAAAUGUAUGAAAUAAAAAUUUAAAUUUAGAAGUCCGUCCAUAACUUUAACUAUAUUGCUAUUAAGACUACCUCAAAA